AUGUCAUCACAACACUCGAAUUUUCAGUCCGAAUGCCUAGACCAAGCCGCCUCUCUCUUUUUGACUCGUCUCCCAAGGGAGAUCCGUGACCUUAUCUACCAGCAGUACCUUGCUGUCGACGCCAUUACAGAUGGAGUCGAAACGAACCAGCCCGAACGCCUGUUUCUCAAUGAGGACCAACCUUACAAAGGCGACUGCAUACCGCUUGAAGCCAGCUGCCAGAAAAUAUUGUCGGAAAUGCGAUCGGUGAGGCGGCCGCGGGAGGUGGCCAUGACCUUCUACUCGCCUUGGAACUUCCGACUCCAACUCGCAGUCAAAGGCCGUCUUGACUGGGCUCGCGUCCAGAAGAUUCUUCUUCAACUCCGCAAGGAAGAUAGGUUCGAUCUCAGAGGCGCAGAGUUCACUAAGAAAGCCCUUUUGCGGACGAGAGAGCUGAAGUUCUUGCAUAUUGACUGCUCCUCAUUCAACGACGUCUCCCGAGCAAUUGAACCCAAUAUAAUCAUCUCUAGCGCGGAUUCCAUGUUCCAGGACAGCGAAGAUGAAUUGGGCGAGGAACUCUUUGGCAAAUCACAAUGGAUAGAGAGCUUGCUCGCUGAUUGUGGCAGGCAGCUGGAAAAGCUGGAAAUGGUGGUACUGAGAGGCAAAGGCUGCUAUCCAACGUUCUGGCCGAAGCAGGUCAGGCAAUUUGUCAAUGACAAUGUCGAGGUGAUAGAACUAGACUAG